UCAACUUUUAUUCGGCAUAAUUUACUUGAGCGAAAAUUACCUACCUCUGUGAUAUACACGUACGAGUACAGGUGAAAACGCUUCGCCACAUCCGCUGUAGAAUACCGACGUGUGGUUGAUAUUGUCUGAGGUUGCGUUCGAUAAUUAUUAAAUUCUGCAAGUGUGAACUAUUUCCUUUAUUCUCGAAGCGUAAGGCGGAAUUGUGAGUGAAUCUAUAAAUAUCCAGUUCAACUGAAAAUUCGACUUAGGCACAACAAAAACUAAGUACAACGUGAAAAUACACGCUAGAGAACACUAUUUAUAUAUGUAUAGGCGUGUAAAUGAUAAUAAGGACAAUAUUUAAAUAGUGAACAUGAUCAGUGUCAUUGAAAUCAAUAAGCAAACAAUAAAAUAAAAUUUUGCUCGAAAUGAAUUUAAUUACAACAGCAGUAAACUUAACCACCGAACUUCCUGCCUUCCCAGCAAACGAAAGCAACUUUUUCUCCAAUAAUUUAUUCAAUGAAACCAUCAGCGGCAGCAAAGCUUUAUUCGAACAACAUUUCGUUACCAACACGGACGCUGGUAUAUUUGACAAUUACAUAACUAAUAACAGUGAAAAUGUAUUCAAUGAUUUAAUCGGCAAUCUAAGCACCAUUGCCUACGACUAUGGAAAGCAAUUAUUUACCACCAUCGUUGAUGCCAACACUCCAACAUCCGCCAUUCCACCGAGUAUAGUGCCGUCAACCGAAGCGAUGUUGCACUCAACUGGGAACAGCAGUAACAGCGGCGGCGGCAGCAGCACGAGCAGUACAAAUGACAGUGCAGCAAUGCAGAAUGUGUCAUUACCGUGGGAGCACUGGCUGCUCAGCGCUGUUAAUUCUACGCCGCUCUCCAGUGAGGGAGAGGAACGAAGGUUGGGCAGUGGUUUUGAGUUGGCUGCAGCUGUGGGAAAUGGAAGAGAUACGAGCGCAGACACAGAUAGUUGGAUACCACACACACAAACGUUUUACAAUAAUUUCGAUGAUGAGGAAUUGGAUCCAUGUCAUCCAAAUAAUUCGAAUUUCAACUGCACACAGACUGAUUAUGUUAAAUACCUGCUCGGACCACAGACUUUGCCCCUCUACAAGGUGUUGCUGUUCACGAUAAUAUUUGGUGGAAUCUUCAUCACCGGCAUGCUGGGCAAUAUUCUGGUGUGUGUUGUGAUUAUCCGACAUCCGACUAUGCACACAGCCACAAAUUAUUAUUUAUUCAGUUUAGCAGUGUCGGACUUAAUUUAUCUACUAUUUGCCAAAGCGACAAUACCGGAAUCCGCCUUUUGUAGUAUGACUCAAUAUCCUGACAAGUUCCCAUUAUUUGAGCUCUCAUUUUGCUUAUUCUUCGUUAUACCAAUGCUACUCAUAAUCAUCCUGUAUGGAAAGAUGGGUGCGCAAAUAAGAUUUAGCACGACACUGCAAUUAGGCGUUCAGAAGGGUUCAAUGCAUCGUGAAUCGCGACACCAGCAGUCACGGAAAGCUGUGAUACGAAUGUUAGCCGCUGUCGUCUUAACUUUUUUCAUUUGCUGGCUUCCAUUUCAUAUGCAGCGGCUGUGGUUCCUCUACGCCAAAGAACAGAAUAAUUUUCAAGAGAUAAACGAAUGGAUGUUCUUUGUUGCUGGAUUCUCUUACUACAUCUCCUGUACGAUCAAUCCUAUUCUGUAUAAUGUGAUGUCUCAUCGCUACCGUGUGGCCUUUAAGGAUGUACUUUGGGGCAAACGGCGGAGUCUUUACUACAAUAACGGUUUUGCUAGAGAUCAGUCCAGCUUUCGAGAAACAACGAUUGCAUCUAGCUUGGGUGGUAAUAGCACCUAUGAUCGCGUACAUUCGGUGCGAGUGCGUUCCCUCCGUCAUUCCAACAACUACAGAGAUCGGAAUUCUAUAAAAGCAAAGAAUAUAUUGUGGACAAAGGAUGCAGACUAUACAGUGCAGCUAAAGAAGGAUACACUGGACAGCACAUUGAAGUUUGGCACAAACGUUGUAGUUGUUGUGGACAAUGGCAGCAUCAAUGGACGACCGAAAGUAUUAACCGAGAAUGAAGCUGAGGCAUCGUCGUUGAUAAGCAAGGAUAACGAAACUUGUAUUUAAAUAAUGAGCUCGUUUUCAAAACGCGGAAACUCAAAGAAACCUGCAAAAGCUAAACUACCGAAUUUAUAUAUUUAUGUAAAUAUGUAUGUAUACGGUUAUAUAUAUUAUAUGUACAGACGC